CAUUUGUGCUUAUUAACAUAGCCGUAAUUCACUGUGAUAUAUAUUAACACCUGUAGAAUGGUAUAAAGACCGUUUUUGCACUUUUUUUGAGAGAGACUUCACUAAUUGAAGUUUGUAUUCAUUUAGCAGGUGGAUGUUGUCAACCAUGCGCUUAUUCCUCAUCCUACGGUUGAUGCGACUGCUCACCUGGUUUGGUCUAAUAGCGAUCAUCUUAAUGGUCACACGUGACGAGAUUCCAUCGCUACAUAAUGCUUUCAUCUCCAUGGUAACAACAAAAGAGGCUUUAUCGCCAUCGCAGAGGAGGUUUGCUGAAAGUUUACCUGCACCUGUGAAUGUAUCCUUGCCAACGACACCAGUACCUGUCAUCGCCUCGAUAGUCAGAACCUUCUCUUCUUUCCAAGAUGAAGCUCUCUUCAUUUACCAGAAGUACAUUCUGUCCAACUGGAAGGCCCGUCCUGACCGAGUGCGGAGCUUUAGAAGGGAAAUUUUCCAGUCAUCGGAUUCUACCGCAAUCGACCAGUUUGUCCUGACACAGCAGAACACCAAUUCGUCCACACUCAUGCCGUUUUACGACAAGAAAUUAGGUUAUCGGGGGCCUCUGUACAAACCCAAGCCAGAACUCCUCCAGUUUUUGCCAAAGAAUCCCAUAUUCCCCAAAGGAACUCUUCUUGACAAGUGCAGCGUGGUAGGAAACGGAGGCGUUCUUCUGCGCAGCGCUUGCGGAAAAGAAAUUGACUCAGCGGAUUACGUGCUAAGGUGUAACCUGGUGCCGAUACGGACAUUUGGAAUCGACGCUGGAUACAAAACAAAUCUCACUACAAUGAAUCCAAGUAUCAUGAGUACAAGAUACCAUGGUUUUCAUUUGUCCACGGAUACCAAGCGGUUCGCCAAAGCCUUGAAAGAGUACAGUGGCCAUCUGUUUAUCCCCUGCAUGAUCAACGGAGGAGUCCUGAAAACCUGCACGUCCAGGCUCCUACCGGCGAUACUCGAAGCUCAGAAAAAAGGAAGAAAAUUUGCACAAGUAACGAUCGGGAACCCCAAACACUUGCUGGGGAUUAUAAAGCUAUGGAAGCAUGCAGGAAUCAAUUACAUGUCAACAGGGUUCUAUCUUGCCCAGACGGCUCUAACCAUGUGCAAAGAGGUGCACCUGUUCGGCUUCUGGUCCUUCAACAGGACUUUCUACCCCCUCCCCAAGACUCUCAAGUAUCACUUCUUUGACCAGAUGGCUCAGAGCAACUCCCACAAGUUCAACACCGAGUUCCAGAUAUUGUGGCAGCAGCACGCGGAGGGCAUCUUGAAGAUCCACUCGCAGGACUGCGAGGAGUGAGCUUUUGCUGGAGCAGCUCCCAGUCCUCUGAUGAAUGAGUCACGGACUGACUGAGUCACUGAGUGCAAUAAUGUCCUUAAACUGUCUAAACCUGAACAAUAUUAUUGUAUUAAGGUACACUUCAAUUUAUGGCCAAAGGCAUGACUAUAUAGUGAAGCUGAGACUUUCAACCCGAGAAGUUCAAGUUUAGACAUGAUGGUUCGUACCUCCAUAUAUAGACUAUCCAAGACUGACCAACUGAAGCUGUGUAGCUGAGACCAUGGAGGAACCUUCAUCAUGCUGAGACUAAGCAUGCUGACCAGUUGUUAAACUCUCGUCAGCAAACAUAUUGUAUAUUUUGCAAAUAAUAAUUGAUAGGAGGGCAGAUUUUUUUGUCAAUUUUAAAAUCAUUUUCAAAUUGCCACCUGUGAUUACAAGCUGGUUUUUUUUCUUCAACUGGAAUCGUUAAUGUGCAAGAGGUUCAAUUCGACAAUAAAUGACAGGGAGGAUGCCUUUAAACGCGUCAGAUGUAGUUUUUGCCCAUUGGUUGCAAUGUCAUGCUGAUACAUGUAUAUCUGAUAUGUUUGCCUUUCAUGUUUGAAGAAUUCUAAUGUUAAUGAAUUUCAACCCCCGGCCUCUCCGAGUCUCCUUUAGAAUUAUACCAAUGAUAAUAGGCACCACAGGCUCAAGGCUCCUGUCGACUAGGGAAGUAAUUACUGUCAAUUUAUUGUUUACUUCCUCAUGCUAGAGCAGGCACAAUAAGAGAAAAUUAACUUCCUGCAUCAGAAUCUGACCGCGGCUACAGGACGUAGGCUAGGCGGAGCGCUGUGACAUUAGACUCGUCUUCAAGUCGUUCAUUGGUGAGAUGUUGCGCUGCUCUGAUGCUUGUACGGUACGUUGUACCAUAAUAAAAUCAUCAUCCCAGGGUUCACCUUUUUUCAACCCUGACCCCAGCACGCGAUCGUCGGAACCCAGUAGAUAAGAAAGACCCCGGCAUUAGACCCUUUUCCCCCAUACAACUCCGUGCAGUUGGGGGCGCUGGGUUUUGUUUUCAUCAUCUGUAUAGUGGGGUUGGAUGA